CCCAAAGGGAAUUUGCGCCUAAGAAACCCUCGCGAUCUGUACUUGAGUUGUAUUGAAGCCGGAACGGAGAUGGAAUCUACCGGAGCAGCAGCCUCUGGCGGCAAUGGUACGCUCAAUCCCCAACACAACGACGCUUCGCCGGCUGAAUCAACUGUCAUGGCAACCACUUCGUCGUCUGACGAUCCCAAGCAAAACCUAAACCAAGUCAUAAAUUCAAUUCAGAAAUCGCUAGGAAUUAUCCAUCAGCUCUACCUCACCGUCUCUUCCUUCAACGUUUCCUCUCAGCUCCCCCUCCUCCAACGCCUAAACACACUUGUUUUGGAGAUGGAUAAUAUGACAAAAUUGUCGGAGAAGUGUAACAUACAGGUUCCGAUGGAAGUCUUAAAUUUGAUAGAUGAUGGAAAGAAUCCGGAUGAAUUCACCAGGGAAGUUUUAAAUAGUUGCAUUGCUAAAAACCAGAUAACUAAAGGCAAAACUGAUGCCUUCAAGGGUUUGCGGAGGCAUCUUCUGGAAGAACUUGAACAAGCAUUUCCUGAUGAAGUCGAAGAUUAUAGGGAGAUUCGUGCAUCUUCUGCAGCUGAAUCUGUACGCCUUGCACAAGCACAAAGCAUAUUGCCAAAUGGAGAUGUGAAGAUCAAGCCUGAGAUAUAGAGCCGAUGUCAUACUUSUUGUUAAACCAGAUUAUGUAGUUCACCAUACUUGCCUUGUCUGUAAUACCUCGUGUUAAACUAUGUAAAACAGUCAGAUUCAGUAAAGCAUAAAAAUUCUAUGUUCUUGACUUUAUGUUGGUGGCAUAUUCGUGCAUAUUUAUAGAUUUUUCUGUUUCUGUUGGUU